AGCAGAAAGCAGCCCAGCCCUGCCAGCUGUCGAGUGAACUCUCCCUUCUACAGCGCACCGCUGCUGGGCUUUAGGAAAAUGCCAUAAACGCGCACGAAAAUCCGCUUUGUGUGGAGUGCUUGUAAUGGUGUUGAGCAUAGUUGCCUCUGAACUGUCUCAUGUUUGCACUAAACCGUUGGACUUUGUGUGCAAUAGCGAAGCCAGAGCAGUGAUGAACAAGGUGAAAGACUUGGAAGAUGAAAUGGUAGACUGCAGCGCUGUAGCGUCUCUACCCUCUCCUAUUCAAUUACCAUGCAUCAGGAUUCACAAAGCAACCUGGGAGAAAAAAUCUGUGCAUGAGCGGAGGGCUGAGAUCCUGCUGUCUUUGGGGACUCUAGCGCAGGAUGUACGGACUGCCAGGACACUUAGCCAACCUGGCUGUGGGCUUACUCUGCUGGAGCGCUUGGAACGCAAUAUCAACAACUACCUGCAUGUAGUGAAACUUCUUCACGGGGAGCAGGGGGAGCUAGCAGAGCCCCAGGCAAAGAGCUGUCUGGGUCGGGACUCUAAGGAUUUGGGACUGGUGUUGAAGCACUUUGGACGGCUGCUCAAAGGCAAGCUGGAAUGGCUCAUCGUGGAGAUGGCGAAGGGGUGCUAGACUGAAAAACUGACUUCUAAUCUUGGCCUUUCUUCAACCUUGUAUAAUGGGACCAGACAGGCCCAAUCAAUUUUAACAAUGGUUUACCUACAGAGAAAAUGGAGGGCCAUGCACUUUGCAGUAGUAGACCACCAACUGUUUUACAAGAAGAAAAGUACAUGACUGUAAAUGGCAAGACUGCGCCAUCUACUGGAUCAUAGAUUAACUCAAAGCACUGACACACCUGUUGAGGUGCACUUACUGAACUGUUGAAAACGUUUAAGUUGUUGUUGAAUCCUAAAUGUCAUUUUAUAUUGCAGAUAAUAUUUAUUUAUC